CAGCAAGAGAAUAUGUACUCUCCAGCUGUGCAACAAGCACUCCAGUCCUAUUAGAACCAAGUUUCUUUCCUGCGGUCAUGCUUGAUCAAGCAUCUCCGUGAUCAAAUGACCUCGAUGCCUUACGACAGAUACAGGGGUGAAAAUGCGCCUCCUCAACACCUCAAGCUACACUCUCCAGGACUUCACAGGAAGGCAUCAAGCUGGGACCUAACCGGAGUCCGAUUUUCAGCGACGACAAAGCUUACACAGCUAGGGGAUGGUUGAAGAUCGCAGGCGCAUGUGCUCAGGCUCGCAAAGAUCAAUAUAGUUGGAUAUGGAUUGAUUCUUGCUGCAUCGAUAAGACAAGCAGCGCUGAACUUUCAGAGGCAAUCAACUCGAUGUUCAUCUGGUACCAAAAUGCCGAGAUCUGUUACGCUUAUCUAUCAGAUGUGCAGCUGGACAACACCGAUGACCUGCUCGAAUGGUCAAUUGACGAGUUCAGAAAUAGCAAAUGGUUUACGAGAGGAUGGACCUUGCAAGAACUCCUUUCACCAAAACAGGUCCGAUUCUUCUCAGGUGGGUGGGCUCCUCUGGGGCUGAGGUCGUCACUUUGGUUUUUGGUUUCAGAGAUAACUGGAAUUGAGGCCGAGAGCAGCUUUAAGACAGCGAGUAUUGCUCAGAAAAUGUCAUGGGCAUCUCGAAGAGAAACAACGCGAAUCGAAGACAGAGCCUAUAGCUUGAUGGGGUUAUUCGGGGUUAACAUGCCACCAUUGUAUGGCGAGGGAGAAAAAGCUUUUCUGCGGCUGCAGCUAGAAAUCUUGCGCGUUUCUGAUGACGAGUCGAUUUUUGCCUGGGAAGAUCUUGAGGACAACACUGGUGGCCUACUGGCACGCUCGCCUGCUGCAUUUCGCAACUCUGGAGACAUCAGACGACUUGAGAACGCGCUUUACGAGAAGCCACCAUAUUCGAUGACGAACAAAGGAAUCCGAGUCGAGUUUCCAGUUCUGGCGGCAUCUCAAAUACACGUGGAGCUUCUCGAUGCCGACGAUACAUUCUUCGCCUUUCUUCAAUGUCGACCCUCUCAAAGUUACUCGAUGUUCGCAAUCCUAUUGCGCAGAAUCAAAGGAAACUUGUACACGCGAGUCUCUUCGGGUGGCCUAAUUACUACUCAAUGGAAUGAUAUCAUUCAAGAUCUUGUAGAUAGUGAGUACAGGAUGGUACAGGUCAAGCAGGAGGACGACUCUGACAUAUCGUUUGCUGGCAUUCCUCAAUACCGGUUCUCCGUUUCCAUCGACCUGCUUGAGUUCAAGGGCUUUCGCGUGGCAAGUCGGUGGGUAAUAUGGGGAACUAGCGUUCGCGGAGACUUUGACCGUAGCAAUAUCGGCGAAGAAUCGUUUGUAAUCCCUCGGGACACAGGCUCUCCAGGUGUUACCAUAGCGAUGGAAUUCACAAAUAGCAACUCUCCAGAAGGUGAACCCGAGGAUUCGGACGAAAGUCUAGCUCAUGAUGAAACCGACAGGUUUGUCAUGGUCUUCAACAUGUACGAUCGUCGAGCUCGACUUGGACUUCUCAGACCUCUCUCCGGGGUGCCAAUAAAGUCCAUCGUGAAGCGUCUGGAUAAAGCAGGAGAUUGGAUGACAGCAGAUACACAUAUUCGAGCGUCAACUAGAUCGUUAUCUGGAGCCCAGAUUACUGCACAGUUGGCACGGAAGCCAACAGAUCUAUGGCUGCGCAGCUACCAAGCAUCUUUCUCGUUUGAAUACCCAGUUGAGCUGCCACCAGGUGAAAUAGAUCACCGGGUCGAGCUUCCGAACAAUGAAGUCAGCUCCAUUGAGAGACGGAACUCGAUGCCAGGAGAUCCAGAGGUCAACUACUACGUUCGGGGUUAUUUGCUGGGUAAGGACAUGAAUCCACGGACAGGAUUUGUCGAGUUGGUCUAG